CGGGGCCCGGGGGCUGCGCGGGGCCGUGCGCCCCCGCUGCCUCCGCCGCUAACGGAGAGCAGGAACGCGAUGUGACACGUCUAAUGCUUAGGCCCGGAUUGGCGGCGUAGCUGAAAUAAUUCCCCGAACGACCCCCUCUUUAUUAACUUCUGCGUUCCCCGCGCUCCCCUCCCGCUCGCUCCGGGCGAGGCUGGAGCUGUUGAGCCUGCCUGUGACAGGUACCUGCAUCCAGCGUCUGCCAGCGAAUCCGGUGGGACGGAACGGUGCAGGAUUUUACAGGGGCAGUUCGUGCAGUGCUGGAUACCCAAAUUGCAGGUUUGAUGGAGUCACCGGGGGUUUGUUCUGAUUUUAAACUUUUAUUGCGGCAGGUCCCUCUCCACCAAAUUCUUUUUUUGUACGGAGAAACGCUGUGGACAAUAGGUGACGUGAGAUGUCCUUGGGGACAGAAGCUGGAUGGUUGUUAUGUUGUGUCAUGCCCCCAAAUUUCUUGCCCUGUUAAAAUGUCCAUAGCUAAAGGCUGUUGCAGGUAAAAUGUUCAGGAUCAAGACUGCAUGUUUGCAGCUCUGGGUCCGACCUCCCAUCACAGAAUAGGACCUGUUAUUGUCGAAGUCUGAAUUGCUCUUCUUUCAUUUAAUAACCAGGCUCCAAGCUUCUACACCUGAGCUGUGUCUGGGCUAAACAAUUCUAGUCCUCCAACCUGCAAAAUGGGUCCCUUAAUGUAAAAGAUCUGUAGAUUUUGCACAAGCUGUGCAAACACAACCUGUAAUUCAUGGCAUCUUGUCCAAGCUAAUGCAAAGCAGCGCUGUGGGACCAUAUGAUGACUAAAAUGUGAGUGUGUCUCCCAGCAUGUGUGUGCUUCCCACUGCUCCUGCGAGCAGCAGGGCUGCCGGGCGGGCAGCAGCCUUUGGAAGUCGGGGAGGAUCAUCCUGGUGUGGAUGUUGCUGUGGGAGUUUGCAGGGCAGUCCCUGCCCGGUGUCUCUCACCUCACCUGAACCCGUGGUGUGGUGGUUGUGCCAUCCCUGGCCCAGGCUGUCAAGGGAGCAAUUCAGGAGCCUGACUGUCGGUCGUGUUUAGAGAAAAGAUCCUUCGUUUUCAAAGUCAGUCUCUUUUAAGAUGUUUGGAUAAACUGGACCACAGUUUAUGUUGAUUGAAAGAAACAGUCACUUCACUAGGAGCAAAGAGUGUAAUUCUGAGGUGCCAAAGCACUACAGACAGUGCACACAAAUGUGAUGGCCAGGUCCUUUACUGCGGGAAAUAGAAAAACCCUUCAUGGAAGCUGUAUGGAGAGAAGAAAUAUUUUAUUGUGCUGCAAAGAAGAUUGUGAUCAUUGUUUUAUUUUAAAAUAUGAGUAUAAUGCAGCAUCAAAAUUCAACUGUCAAUCCAGGUUCCUUACAAACGUGGGGGAUUUUAGCACAAAGAUGUCUAGUUGGACUUAGCUCUGUGUAAGAAUGAUACUGUGUUCUGUGCUCAUCAUGCUCUGUUGAGAAAUUUGAUCUACAAGUGAUAAAGAUGCUGAAAGUGCUUUCCAGUGGGAGGAACACAUUGCCUGUAUUGUUAUUAAUUUCUGUGUCCCUGUUUUAUUUCAUGGAGGCAAGUAAUAAAAAUGGAGUGUAACCAUUCAGAACAUCGAGAAGCUUCUAACCCGAGUCAGUUCUGCACUGAGAUCAGAUGGUGGUGUCCACAGUGUUACACUGGGAGCACAGAUGUGGGGAGGUGGGAGCUGGGGUUGCAGCUCUCCCUGGCUGCUGCCAGUGCUGUUCCUGUCACAUGCUGCGGCUGCACAGUCCCCUGCUCGCACUGCAGCUGCCUCGCUGCCGUGUGCCGCUCACAUCUCCCCUCUCCUUGCAUCACUUUUAUUCUGGUUUAGCUCUGUUGGCUUUAAAUGGAGUUGUUGAUGAUCUGCUGCGGCACAGAUGGAUAAUGGGAAUUCAUUGGAUCAUCUGGACACGUUACGUUGUUGGCUUAUCUUUUAUUCUGCGUGGUGUGCUUUGGGCAAGGAAGAGCUCUGGUGUGAAGGUCUGUUCUGAGGUGGUCUUACUGCCUAAAGAGCUGAAAUGUAACUGAUUUUAAACAAAAAACCUCCAAUGCCCCCCACCAGCCUCCAAAGCACACUACAGCUCUUGGAGUCUGACCAGGAAAACCUGGGUGUUGAUGGCUUUUUUCACAGAACUUUUUGCAGUUCUCAUUUUUUCAUAAAAGUGGAGCAAUCCUUGUAGAAGGAAUUUUCCUUGGUGUCCUUGCAUAAGAACAUUCUGCAGGGUUGGCUUUUGUAGCUGACCUGCUCUCCUUUAGCACAAAAGCUCUGUUCUGGAUAUGUAGUUUUUAAACAGGCUGGAAACAGAGGUAUGGAAUGGGGUAUGUGUUGCAGCAGGAGGAAACAGUUCAAAGGAGUGGACCAAAUUGUGUGUGGGAGCUGCACAGAGGGUCAAAUUGAGGUCUGGUUCUGUAAAGUAUGUAAGGAAGUUGCCAACACAAAUAUUACCUUGCAGUUUACAUGUGCUGAGAGAACGCAGCACAGCCCUGCAGCAGGGAUGGAACAGAGUAACCAUCAAUCUGGAUCCCCGAGGAUGUCAGUCAGGAAAGGAAGUGUGUGGUGCCAGAAAGCCUGGAUGGAACUGCAGGUUUAGAGGACUCGUUGUUUGAAGUAUUUUUAAUUAUUGCUAUUAAUAUAAUGGAACACAGACUGGAAGCUGAAUUUUUUAAAUAUAAUUAAAGCAGAAGUCAGCAGAGGGAUUUCUCUGCUGUGAGGCAGAGGCACAGUCCAGCAGCAGUCCCUGCUCAGGAGGCUGAAUUCUCAGUGAUGAUACUCUCCAUGCAACUCCCAACCUUGCUGGCAGCUCCUGCCAAACACUGGUUUGGAGGGAAGAAGUGAACUGAAGGGAUCAGAAGGCUUUCCCAAGCUUGUCCUGCGUUCUCCUUUGUCGGAGUACGAUUCCAGUUGGAAGGCAGCCAUUGGCACCUUGGCCAAGGAUGGGAACAGGCUGCAGAGUGUGGCGAGAGCUGCCCUCCAGAUCGGGCACUGGCCUCAGCUCCAUCUGGGCCAGGCCAGUAAAUCAUUGGCUCGCUGGAAAGGAGCCUCUCCGUCACGUUGCUGUACAAUGCAGCUUGAUGCUUGCUGUUCCAUUUUGAAUUAAUGAAUUAAAUUCUUUAAUAGUGAAUCAAAGAGUUAAAACAUCAGUCGUUGGAGGAAAGAAAGAAGAAAAUCUUUCUUGCAACUGGGAUGCUUUUCAGGAACUUGGCUGCUCGGGAGGCGAGAGGCAUGUGCUUUUCCGCCCUGCUCUGGGUGAUGGCUUAGUUCAAGGGGGCCCAGAUUUGGCUCAGUCAACAGUUGUGUUGGCGUCUUGCCACCAAAUGUGCAUAAAAUGGAGCUGACUGCAAUUCCCUCCUCACUUCAACAUGGAGGGGCAGCCGGAGAGACCCGAGGCCUGCGGUGCCGUGCCGUAGGAUGGCUUGGCUGUGAGGGUUACCCUGGGGUGUGUGAUCCCUGCAGCACAAGCUGUUGCACUGUGACUGGAUCCUUGCUUUUGAGUCCCAGGGUUGUAUUUUGGUCUCUUGUCAUAACUAAUGCAUUUCAGACCUGCUUGUGCCUGUGCUCCCAAAAUCUCUCUCCCUUCUCGCAGUGGCUUACGUGCUUUUCCAGCUGUACGAGGUUCAUCUCUCAUUUGCAGACUCUCCCUAUGGUUCUGUGGCUUAUGUGCAUUACCACAAAAUCAAGAUAAAACGAAACUGGCAUUUUAGCUGCUUCGAGAACAUUGUGUGUAAAUAAACCACUAAAUAGUUCAGCCUGUGAAAUGUAAAUACACACAGCUCACUGCCACAGCUGAUGGUGUUUUUCUGUCUCCCUUCUACCCUCCCACCCUGCCAAGAGUGGGCCAGCCUGAUGUUCUUUUUUCUCUUGCUCUUUCAUACAAUGCAAAUGACUGCUAAGUACCAUGUAGGUGGUAUGCAGGCACCACGACAGAUUCAUGAUUUGAAUUUGGAUAAAAGGAAAUACUUGCAUCCUCUUCCACAUUGCUUCUGCACCAUCUUUUGGAGAUUCCUGGGCUCCGAUGACCCAGAAAUUCUGCCUCAGUCUGACUUUGAGCUUGAGCCCAUUUUUAGUAGCAAACUGGUGAAGUCAGUAGAAGAGCAGAGGCCCAACUGUGAUGACAUUUUUAGCCCGUGCCCUUUGUUCAUCCUAUACACAAAAGGUCGUGAACUGCAGUGAAAAAGGGAUCACAGAGGGCGCAGAAUGGACAAAAGUGGAACAAAUUACCAGUGGCAGAAACAUAAAGAAGAGAAGCGAAAGUUUUGUGUUCUGAAGGUGAUUGAAGAAGGCCACGUGCAUCCCAUGGUGAGAUCAUGUCUCUUGUAUUCACAGUGAGUCUGCCCAGAGUGAAUUCAGAGUCUGCUGGUGAGGUGUGGCUUCCAUGAUCUCAAUGUAGGAGGCAGGAAGGGACUACACGGUUUCCAUGGUGUGAUGUUAAUGAGCACCUCCGUGUUUCUCUGGGAGAAAAGAUGCCAAAGCUGCAGUUCUGGUUACAGACAGGUGUGCUUUAAGCAAUAAAGGGACUUUUAAAGACAUGCGAAACAAAUGAAAAGCCUGAUUCUGUAGACAAAGCACUGAGACAGUGUUUGCAGAUCUUCCCAUCUUCGAUAUGCUAAGGAAGGAAAUACACCUUCAUGUGAAAGUGGUGAACUUUCGGGUUGCAGUACUAAAAUGUAACUUCUAUAAGCCCUUUUCCCUGUGCAUUCUGUGUGUGCCCCAGAGCAGUGAGCAGAGCUGGGACACAAACGCACUGCUUGUUCUCUGAGCUCGCCCUGGGCAUCGCUGUCCCCUGGGACUGAGCCCUGCCAGAGCCCAGGUGUGGGCUCAGCCUGCUCCCAGAUGCUUCCUGCAGCAUCCAGCGAGCUGCUGGAAAAGGAGCUGGGUGCAUCUGGGAAAGCUGCAGCCACUGCAGUGCAGACGUGCCCCGAGGUGAACAGUGUUUGGGAUGAGGAAUGUCCAUGUUCGGUUCCAAAUUUUACUAAAAACCUUAAAAUAAUAAAGAAAUCCUUUUCCCCUGCCGUGUAUUUUAUGAAAAAAUGGUUUGAUGUAUAACUGCUCAUUGCCAUUUCCUCUGGAGGCCUGACUCCAGCAGGCUGUGAGGUUGUUGGUGCGUGUCUGGGGGAAUUGCUAUUUAUUUAUUUAUCUCAGUGUUUCUUGGGUAGAACUGAGUGGUGUCUCAGGAGCUUCAGGACAGUGGCUCUCAAUGGAGAAUUAGGUAUUCUGACAAGAGGAGUGAAUUUGGGCUCUAAUGAAUUUUGUGUUGUCUGAGGCUCUGUCAGGACUAGCACUCUGAGCACAUCACAUGGAAACACACAGAUGGUUUUCCCAAAACGUGCAGUAUAGCUUUGAAAGAAAACAUGAGACAAGUGUGCCAGUCUGUAGAAGAAAAGGAGAGGCAAAUAGAGAGCCAAGGUAUAUAUCCUGCUUGAUGACAGUAAGAUCAGCUGGUUUUUGGAAGAGAUUUAAGAAGUGAUGGUUCCAGGCUUUGGGUAUCAGUGAUGAAGAGCUUCAUUUUAUCUGUGUUGUUAAUUUGCGGAUAAGAAAUAGAUACCAGCUGGGUGUCUGGCUUUGUGUCACGUCCCCUUUUGGCAGUGAUGCUGUGGGAGAUGUGUCAGGAUGAAAAGUGGAAAAAGAGCUGGUCUCUGACUCGAGAUUUGACAGCUUUAAAAUCCUGAUAGACUGGAACGUGUUUUCCACCACUGGUUUCUGUGGAGAGCAGUUCUUAGUUUGGGGAGAAUGCUGUAUCAACAAGAUGUACAAAGUGUGUUUGGUUUUGGUUUUUAGUACCACUUGCAUCUCUAAGUGAGGAGUGGGAAGCAUUUGAAAACCAGUCAAGAUCUCACAGCUGAGCAGAAGUAAUGGCUUAAAAGAGGCAGGUAAAUUGUACAAGUGCUCUGUCAAGAGGUCAAGAUGCCGUGUCCAGCCAACUCUGCUGUGCAGCUCUGGAAAACUGCUCCUGGUUCUGUCUGUCUUCACUUUUAUCUAGAGCUUGUACCCUGCUGACAUCUGCCCAAGCACUGUGCCCUACAGUCACACCGAAUCCUCAGUGCCCUGAGGUUUUAUUUGCUUGUAUGUGUCAGUGUGAAGUUAUGACCCCCCUCUUCUACCAGGCAGCUCAGUGGUGGGUUACACUGAUCCUGGCUCUGUAAUAAAUCUAAGAGGAUGUGCCUGUAAUACACUUAUUUAACUGUCCAUGCUGGACUUGCAUUGUCAGCUUGAUUUUCCUGAACCAGAGCGUUCCUUCACCGCUCCCGAAGCCUGCCUUGCUUUGCAGGCCUGAGUCCUGGGGUAGGGCCAGUGGGGAGUGCAUACCAUUGACUUCAGCACUUUUCCCCUUCCAGCUAAGCCUGGAAAACCUUAGCCAAAAGACGGCAAACCACAGGGAAGUGCAGAGUGUGUGAUGUAAGUGACAUCUGACUUUAAAAAUACUGGCCAGCACCAUGAAACCUCCGUCCUGUCCCGUGCCCUCCUCCCGCUGCCCUUCGGCUCCUGCUGCCUUGGACACUCGUGCCAUCCUCUGGGAUGUCUCUAAAGCUCUGCUGCCCGGGGUGCUGCAAGGGGGUGAAUUUGUAAAAUGUAUUAAUGUAUUGCACUUAGCAAACCUAGAGUCUUGUGUUCUGAGAGGGUGUUGGAAGAACCUGGCACGCCAAGUGUGGGGCUUGGACAGCACAAUUUUUCUGCCUUGUAUGGCCUGAGGAGUUGUUAAAAUCUUUGAGAGAAUAAUAAGUUCUGCUGGAAUUCACCAUUUUCUGACUUAUUUUAAGUCUUUUAAACCAAUGUUUCAGUGUCUCCUUUUGCAGACUCUGGAGAGAAUUUUUUUUAACAUGUGCUACUUAAGAAAAAUUGUCAUGCAAAACAGCUGAACAGUUUCUUUUGCAUGAAAAAAGGCAAAAAGCUUCAGACACAGAACAAAAAAUAAAGUAGGUGAUAUUCCUGGUGUGGCUGGGCUGUCAGAACUGGGAGAACUGUCUCUUUUGCAGAUGAGGAGCACAGAUCCAUGGGGAUAACUUCAAGUGUCAAAGGGAAGGAGAGGUCCACGUGGUUGUACUCCUGGCUGCAUUUUAUUUAUAUUGUUCAUUUGGAGCUGAGCAGUCCCUGAGGAAAGGGCGAUGUCAGGAGCUAUAUUCCUCCCUUUGCUGUGCCCACUUGCUGUUCUAAUAAUAAUUCUCCCUCCUGUCUGUACUGCUGCUGCAUUACAACACAGUCCUUAGUGCAGGGAGCACCUCCUCCUCUCCCGAGCUGCUCCUGGUAGUGGCUCUUCCUUUGUACACCACCAAAUACCACCCCCUCCAGAGCAUGAUAAGCCAAAACCAGUGCAUGAGAUACCCAAUUUUAUUUUCCUUCUCUGUCAGCUGGAAAAGCCAGUUUUACCUAUUUUUCCUGCCUUCUGAUACCUUUCAGAUUUGCAGGCUAUGGAUUUUCUAGUGUGUCUUCUGUUGAUUGUAUAAAUGGCCUCUUCUGGAGGUCUGGUGGACCUCCUCCACGUGCAAACUACUUGGUUUAAAAAAACAGACAGAAACCAAGUUGGUUUUACUUGCCUGUGUCAGGGCUAGCACUCGUUCUGUUGGCCAGCGUUGGCAGUGGUUGGGGACGUUGGGGAGUAUAACUUAAGGGUAACAUAAAAUAAAAUCUGCUUUGCCAUGAGAUUAAAGGACAGAUACACAGACUGUAUGAAACAUGCUUUGCCAUUUAAGCAAGCUCCUGAAUUUUUGCAAAUGUGUCUGAAGCUGCUCUGGAGUGCCUGGAUUACCACGCGGAGUGCGCAGAACCCACGGCCUCGCCGCAGGAUUUAGGUCACCCUUGCUGAGGAGCACACAGGUCCCGGGGUAUUGUCCUCUUCCUGGAAUUCCCGAGUCACCUCCUGGCUACUUCUGACAUCUGGUUUUUAGGUCUCGCUGUUCACUUCCAUCUCAUUCGUUGGAUUGAGUUUGCUCUAAAAGAAAUCAUGUCAUCAGGAGGAGCUGAAGAUGAUAUUCCUCAAGCAGAGAGGAAAACGGUGACAGACUUUUGCUACUUAUUGGAUAAAUCUAAGCAGCUCUUCAAUGGCUUAAGGGAUUUACCUCAGUACGGGCAGAAGCAGUGGCAGUCCUAUUUUGGGCGAACGUUUGAUGUUUACACCAAACUCUGGAAGUUCCAACAGCAGCAUCGACAAGUAUUGGACAAUCGGUAUGGGUUGAAGAGGUGGCAAAUUGGGGAAAUUGCUUCCAAGAUUGGGCAGCUCUAUUACCAUUAUUACCUGCGCACCUCAGAAACCAGCUAUCUCAAUGAGGCUUUCUCCUUCUACUCAGCAAUUAGGCAGAGGUCAUACUACUCCCAAGUCAACAAAGAGGACAGGCCUGAAUUGGUGGUUAAGAAGCUGCGUUACUAUGCAAGGUUUAUAGUGGUUUGUCUCUUGCUCAACAAAAUGGAUGUUGUAAAGGACCUUGUAAAGGAGCUGUCAGAUGAAAUUGAGGACUACACUCACCGUUUUAAUACUGAAGAUCAGGUGGAGUGGAACCUGGUUCUUCAGGAAGUGGCAGCAUUUAUUGAGGCAGACCCUGUCAUGGUUUUAAAUGAUGACAACACCAUUGUAAUCACCUCUAACAGGCUUUCUGAGACAGGAGCUCCGUUGCUGGAGCAGGGGAUGAUAGUGGGACAGCUUGCUCUUGCAGAUGCACUCAUUAUUGGGAACUGCAACAACCAGGUGAAGUUCAGUGAGCUGACAGUGGACAUGUUCCGCAUGCUGCAAGCACUGGAGAGGGAACCCAUGAACUUGGCAUCACAAAUGAACAAACCUGGAAUGCAGGAAUCGACAGAGAAACCAGCAAGGCGGGAAAACCCCCAUAAAUAUCUCCUUUAUAAACCAACUUUUAGCCAGCUAUAUACAUUUUUAGCAGCAUCAUUUAAGGAGCUGCCUGCAAACAGUGUGCUGCUGAUCUACCUGUCUGCCACGGGCGUGUUUCCAUCAGGUCGUUCGGAUAGUGAAGGUCCAUAUGACUUUGGGGGUGUUCUGACAAACAGUAACCGGGACAUUAUCAAUGGGGACGCGAUCCACAAGCGAAACCAGUCGUACAAGGAGAUGCACUGCCUCCACCCUGGAGAUCUCUACCCUUUCACCAGAAAGCCUCUGUUCAUCAUCGUGGACUCUUCCAACAGCGUCGCCUAUAAGAAUUUCACAAACUUAUUUGGACAGCCAUUGGUGUGCUUGCUUUCUCCAACAGCAUAUCCAAAAGCAUUACAAGAUCAGUCUCAGCGGGGUAGCCUCUUCACACUCUUUCUGAACAAUCCUUUAAUGGCAUUCCUGUUUGUCUCUGGAUUAUCAAGCAUGCGCAGAGGAUUGUGGGAGAAGUGUCAGGAUUACCUUAGGAAAAUCAACCGGGAUAUUGCCCAGCUGCUGACCCACUCCCGGUCCAUAGACCAGUCCUUUCUUCAGUUUUUUGGGGACGAAUUUCUUCGCCUGCUUCUCACGAGAUUUAUCUUCUGUUCAGCUACGAUGAGGAUGCACAAAAUCUUCCGGCAGGAGACUCGAAAUUAUCCCGAAUCUUACCCUCAGCUGCCAAGAGAUGAAACGGUGGAGAACCCUCACCUCCAAAAGCACAUUUUGGAGCUGGCUUCCAUACUGGAUGUUAGGAAUGUUUUCCUGGAAAACACCCUCGAGGACUAUUAAAAGAAACUGUCUUAUUGCAAAGGGGUUUCCCUGGCCACAGAUUUUGAAUGGUGCAGUUUUAUAAUGUGAAAAUCAUAAAAGGAAGUACUUGAUUUUAUUUUUAAAUUUAGGACCAUUAUUUUAAAAAGUAAUAAUAAACAGCUGUUAGUUGAGCUGUUCCAUUCUGUAUGGGGUCAAUUUUAUAAGCAGAAGUUUUCAUGUCUUUUAAAUGUUAAACUAAAGAAUCACUAGAGGUUUAUUUCUGGUCUUGUGGCUGUCAACCACAUUUCCAACAGCUGAUCCUAAGCAUAGAAGUAUUAUUGGUUACCUUUAGCCCACAUUUGUGGAAAUCCUUUAUUUUUAUACAAUUUUAAGAAAUUGGAAAGAAAAAAAUCAACAGAAAAACCAAUAUUUUAUCCCCAAAGAGUUUGGAUUUGAAAUGGCAAAGAUGGAACCACACAGUGCAAACCAACAAUAGCAAUAACAGAGUCCUUCAUAACAAAUAUAUUUUUUCAGUCUUAGGCAAGUGAGGAGACAAAACU